AUGGAUGAAGAUAGGGAAGCCUUAGCUACAGCUAGAGAAGAAAGCGUAGAUGAUAAUAACAUGGAUGACAAUCCUCCAAGUGAUGAAGAAGAGGGAGAAGAUGUCUUUGAUUCCUCAGAAGAAGAUGACAAUCUUGAUGAUGACGAAGAUGAAGCCAGAAAAGUAAAAGAAGGUUUUAUUGUUGAUGAUGAAGAAGAUUCCGACAAAGAGCUUGUAAGCGGCACUUCAAAAAGGAGAAGAAAACAUCGUAGAAAACAAAGAGAAGAAGAAGAUGACAGAUUAUCUGAAGAUGAUUUGGAUCUACUUAUGGAAAAUGCUGGUGUGAAGCGUACUGCAACUGCGACAUCAUCUGGUAGAUUAAAGAGAUUAAAAAGAGUUGGAGAUGAAGAAGCUGACGAGGACAAAUCCGAAGGGACAACUAGAACACACAAAGAAGACUCAGCAUCUAGAUUAGAGGACUUCUUUUCUGAAGAAGAAAACGAAGAAGAAGAAACGACUACUACAAGAAGACGUGCAGAAUAUGACGAGCUUGAAGAAGAUGAAAACAACCGGAACCGUGUAUCUCAUAAAACAGGUAUUCUAGAUGAAUUGGAUGACUUUAUAGAAGAAGAUGAGUUCUCUGAUGAAGAUGAAGAAACAAGACAACAUAGAAUACAGGAAAGAAAAAUGAUGAGAGACCAACGAAUGAAGCAACCAACCCAAAUAACAGGCCUUUCUUCGGAUAAAAUUGAUGAAAUGUAUGAUAUUUUUGGCGAUGGGCAUGAUUACGACUGGGCAUUAGAAAUCGAAAAUGAUGAGAUAGAAGAAGGUACUUUAGACGUAGGAGAUGAAGGUAACAACGGGCAGUACGAUGAGGAAACUGGUACGAGAUCCAAAAAGAAAAUCACCCUACGAGAUAUCUAUGAUUUACAGGAUUUAAAGAAAAACUUAAUGACCGACGAAGAUAUGCUCAUUAGGAAAACUGAUAUUCCAGAAAGAUUUCAAGAACUAAGGCAAGGUUUAGUGAACUAUGGUAAUUUAUCUUUGGAGGAUCAAGAAUUAGAGAAAAAUUGGAUCAGCGAUAAAACAGCUGUCGACAAAAAUUUUGAUCCUUCAUAUGACUUGACUGAAUUUAAAGAAUGUGUGGGGAAUGCUAUCAAAUUUCUAUCUCAAGAUAACCUUGAAGUCCCCUUUAUUUACGCUUAUCGUCGUAAUUAUAUCUCAUCAAAGGCCCGUGACGGUUUCGUGUUGACAGAAGAUGAUUUAUGGGAUAUUGUCGCCCUUGAUAUCGAGUUCCAUAGUAUUAUUUACAAGAGAGACUAUGUGAAAAGAUUUUACAAAGAACUGAAAUUAAAUGAUGAGAUGGUUGAUGACUAUUUUGAAAAUCAAACUACAGCGUCAGUUGCUGAACUGAAUUCACUACAAGAUAUCUACAACUAUUUGGAAUUCAAAUAUGCGCAAGAAAUUAAUGAAGUAUCUUUAGAACAUUCUGAAACGAACGGGAAGAAGCAUAUGAAGAACUCUAGUUACGAAAAGUUUAAAGGAAGUUCCCUGUAUAAAGCUAUUGAUGAUAUUGGUAUAACCGCUGAACAAGUUGGUGAGAACAUAAACUCACAACAUCAAAUCCAUGCGGCUGUUGACCAUCCUACUCAAAAACCACGGGAAGUGGUUGAAUCAAUCUUAAAUGCCAAUUCAAAGGACCUACAAGUAUUUACCUCAAACGUUAAGUUAGCUAUGGAUACAGUACAGAAAUAUUAUGCCUUGGAACUUUCAAAAAAUAUUAAGAUCAGAGAAAAAGUCAGAUCUGAUUUCUACAAGUAUUAUCUAGCCGAUGUAGUUCUUACUUCGAAGGGGAAGAGGGAAAUCCAAAAAGGGUCAUUAUAUGAAGAUAUUAAAUAUGCUAUUAAUAGGACUCCCAUUCAUUUCCGUAGGGAUCCUGACGUUUUCUUACGUAUGCUGGAAGCAGAGCGUCUAAAUUUAUUAACUGUAAAACUUCAUAUGUCUUCCCAAACACAGUAUGUCAACCAUUUAUUCCAGUUGUCUCUAGAAACGACAAAUACAUCAGAGCUAGCUACAGAGUGGAAUAAUUUCCGUAAAACGUCAUUUAUUCAAGCGGUUGAAAAAAUCUUCGCUGAUAUUUCUCGUGAAAUUAAGGAUGAUUUGGAGAAGACAUGUCAAAAACUUGUUGCCAAAACUGUACGCCACAAGUUCAUGACAAAAUUAGAUCAAGCACCCUUUAUUCCUGAUUUGAAAGAUCCUAAGAUUCCAAGGAUAUUAACACUAACAUGUGGUCAAGGGGUAUUCGGACAAGAUGCGAUUAUGGCUGUUUUCGUUAAUCGUAAAGGGGAUUUCGUGAAGGACUUCAAAAUUGUUGAUAAUCCAUUUGAUAAGGUGAAUCCACAAAAUUUUGAAGACACUUUAGAUAACAUUAUUCAAAAUUGUCAACCUAAUGCUAUUGGUAUAAAUGGUCCAAAUCCUAAAACGCAAAAGUUCUACAAGAAACUACAAGAAGUUAUUCAUAAGAAGCAAAUAGUUGAUAAUAAGGGUCAUAACAUACCGAUUAUUUAUGUCGAUGAUGAAGUUGCCAUUCGUUACCAACAUUCCGAGAGGGCGUCUCAAGAGUUCCCAAACAAACCUCCCUUAAUCAAGUAUUGUAUUGCUCUUGCACGUUAUAUGCAGUCGCCACUUCUAGAAUAUUCCAAUCUGUCUUUGGAAGAACUAAGAUCCUUAUCCAUACAUCAACAUCAAUUAUUAUUACCUAUUGACAUUCUUACGCGUGCAUUAGAAACAGCAUUUGUUGAUAUUGUCAAUCUUGUCGGUGUCGAAGUGAACAAGGCAACCGAUAAUGCAUAUUAUGCAAGCACACUAAAAUAUAUUUCGGGUUUUGGGAAACGUAAAGCAAUUGACUUUCUAGAAUCUUUACAAAGGUUGAAUGAACCUCUUCUUGCUCGUCAACAAUUGAUUACUCAUAACAUUUUACACAAGACUAUAUUUAUGAAUUCUGCAGGGUUUUUAUACAUAUCUUGGAAUGAAAAGAGACAAAAAUACGAAGACCUUGAGCAUGACCAAUUGGAUAGUACUAGAAUACAUCCAGAAGAUUAUCAUCUAGCUACCAAAGUUGCUGCAGAUGCUUUAGAAUAUGAUCCUGAUACAAUUGCUGAGAAAGAAGAUCAAGGUACUAUGAGUGAAUUUAUUGAACUUCUAAGAGAAGAUCCUGAUCGUAGAACAAAACUAGAGUCCUUGAAUUUGGAUUCCUAUGCGGAGGAAUUGGAACAAAAGACAGGACAGAAGAAGUCAAAUAAUUUAAAUACAAUUGUUCUUGAAUUAUUAGACGGAUUCGAAGAAUUGAGAAACGAUUUCCAUCCACUUCAAGGUGAUGAAAUCUUCCAAACGUUAACCGGUGAAACUGAAAAGACGUUCUUCAAAGGCUGCAUUAUACCUGUUAGAAUUGAACGUUUCUGGCACAAUGAUAUUAUUUGUACCACGAAUUCAGAAGUUGAAUGUGUUGUCAAUGCCCAACGUCAUCUUGGUGUUCAAUUGAAGAGACCAGCGAAUGAAAUAUAUGAAGUUGGUAAGACGUAUCCUGCAAAAGUUAUAUUUAUCGAUUACGCAAAUAUUUCUGCAGAAGUCUCCCUUCUGGAACAUGAUAUCAAACAUCAAUAUGUUCCAAUCAGUUAUAGUAAAGAUCCUUCCAUUUGGGAUUUAAAGCAAGAGUUAGAAGAUUCAGAGGAAGAGAAGAAGAUCACAAUGGUAGAAGCUCGUGCGAAGAGGACCCAUCGUGUUAUCAAUCAUCCUUAUUAUUUCCCAUUUAAUGGUAAACAGGCUGAAGAUUACUUGAGAAGUAAAGAACGUGGUGAUUUCGUAAUAAGACAAUCUAGUCGAGGCGAUGAUCAUUUAGUCAUUACGUGGAAGUUGGAUAAGGACUUAUUCCAGCAUGUCGAUAUCAAGGAAUUGGAGAAGGAAAAUCCUUUGGCACUUGGUAGAGUCCUGGUUGUCGAAGGACAAAAGUAUCAUGAUUUGGAUCAAAUCAUUGUAGAAUAUUUGCAAAACAAGAUUCGUUUACUGAACGAAUUAACCACUAAUGAAAAGUUCAAACGCGGCAAUAAGAAAGAAGUCAUUAAAUUUAUCGAGGAAUACUCUGAAGUUAAUCCUAAUAAGUCAGUUUACUAUUUUAGUUUAAAUUACGAGAACCCAGGUUGGUUCUACUUAAUGUUUAAAUUGAAUGCUCAGAGUAAAUUGUAUACUUGGAAUGUGAAAUUAACGAACACAGGGUUCUUUUUGGUGAAUUAUAACUAUCCAACUGUCGUCCAACUAUGUAACGGGUUCAAGACAUUACUAAGGUCAAAUAGUACCAGAAAUAGAACGACAAAUUACCAUUAG